AUGGAGGGCCCCGGCGCGGCGGCGGCGGUGGGCGCGGGCCCGGGCGGUAGCAACGUGUCGGCCUUCCUGACGAAGCUGUGGACGUUGGUGGAGGACCCCGAGACGGACCCGCUGAUCUGCUGGAGCCCGAGCGGAAACAGCUUCCACGUGUUUGACCAAGGACAGUUCGCCAAGGAGGUGCUCCCGAAGUACUUCAAGCACAACAACAUGGCCAGCUUCGUGCGGCAGCUCAACAUGUAUGGCUUCCGGAAGGUCGUGCACAUCGAGCAGGGAGGGCUGGUGAAGCCGGAGAAGGACGACACCGAGUUCCAGCACCCGUACUUCAUCCGCGGCCAGGAGCAGCUCCUGGAGAACAUCAAGAGGAAAGUCACCAGCGUGUCCAGCAUAAAGAACGAGGACGUCAAGGUGCGGCAAGACAACGUCACCAAGCUGCUGACCGACAUCCAGGUGAUGAAAGGAAAGCAGGAGAGCAUGGACUCCAAGCUGAUAGCCAUGAAGCACCCCCUGAUGCUGAACGACAGCAGUUCAGCACAUUCCAUGCCGAAGUACAGCCGCCAGUACUCCCUGGAGCACGUCCACGGCUCAUCCCCAUACGCAGCUUCUUCCCCAGCGUACAGCGGCUCCAACAUCUAUUCCCCGGAUUCAUCGACCAACUCCGGUCCCAUCAUCUCGGACGUGACGGAGCUGGCCCAGUCCAGCCCUUCAGCAUCUCCCAGCGGCAGCCUGGAUGAGAGGAGCAGCCCUGUGGUCCGCAUCAAAGAGGAGCCCCCCAGUCCCUCCCGCAGCCCCAAGGUAGAGGAGACCAGCCCAGGGAACCCCCCCGCUGUCGAAACCCCUCUGUCUCCCUCCACCUUCAUCGACUCCAUCCUGCAGGAGAACGAGCCCAGCACCACGACCGCCGCGGCCGGCAACAGCACCGCGCAGCCUCAGCCCCAGGAAAAGUGCCUCAGCGUUGCCUGCCUCGACAACUCUUCAGCCCCUCGAUGACGGUGACAGACAUGAAUCUCCCCGACCUGGACAGCAGCCUCGCCAGCAUUCAGGACCUGCUCUCGUCCCAGGAGCAGCAGAAGCCCGCCGAGGCCGAGCCCAGCGCGGCAGACACAG